AUAAUUUGUAUCAUCACUUCCCGGGAAGUUUCUACUCAAUCUUCCAUUCUAUUUCACUGUUUCAACUAGCGCUCGAAUAUAUUUUGCUUCGGAAAAUCUUUAAAGGCACUGAAACUUGAGAGAGAGAGAGAAUCAACAUCGUUCCUUCUGAGAGAAUCUUAGUGGAUUCUAUUGUUCUUUUUGAGGAAUCUUGGUGGGGCUUCGAGAUCGUGAUUGUGCAAUGAUGAUAACUUAUCCUGGUCUUACGAAGUUGAAGACAAAGCGAGUAAGUUGUUUCCCUUUUUUAACUCUUUUCUUGUGUGUCAGUGUGUGUGUGUUUGUUUGAUUUACAUUCUUUUCUUGAGUUGUUGAAACCUACAAGUAAAUGUGGCAAUUCCUUUAACAGAUUCAUGUAUAUAAUUGGUUCAAAUAUUGGUGUUCAUCUCCAAGAAUUGGUUCUAUCUGCUAUCUGUAUAAUUAUGAUAAAAAAAAAAAUCUUGUUAUGCUAUGUAGAGUAGUCAGAAUGACUGAUUUGUUGAUGUUGAAAUUGGUAGAUUGUGUACGAAGACGUGCUUCUGGCACACGAUUCAGGUACACUGGAGCAGCUGAAAGAGCUAAGCACAAAGCGUAGAGCAAUCGAGGAAUCCAUCAAUGAGAGCAGCAAUGUUACACAGCCCAUUGCAAGGGAAAUGUCUGGAGGUCUGAUCUCGCGUUUUGAACAGGGCAUACAGAAACUGGAGAACUACUUGCCUUUGUUGGAGAACUUAGUCUACCACAUCGAUGUGAAAUUCAAUAAUCAUCAUACAACUACAAGGAGAUGGAUUUCAGACCUCAAGAUAAGAUGGAGCAGCGCGCUUGCUUCCUCGUCUGUUUUUCACCUCAUAGGUUCGAAGAUGUAUCAAGUGAACGACAUACACUUGGAGCUAGCAAUGAUCCUCUCCCUCUACGGUGCAAUGCUCCAUGACCGUGCUUUGGAACUUUCAUCAUCAUCAGGCAAGCAUAUUGAUAUUCUUGAUUGAUUGAUAAGUUUGAACAUUAGUUGUGACUGUUUCUGCUCAUGACUUCAGUUGAUCUUGUGCAAGCUGCCACACUUUUCAGAAAAGCAGCUGGCGUGUAUGACUACUUAGGUCGAGAGGUUGUUGUCCCUUCAAGCCGGGUUGAAGAUAGGCCGCCUGAAGCUCAACCGCGCAUGUCUUGUGUCAUGAGCCUCGUUUGCUUGGCAGAGGCGCAGGUCUGUGUGAUUCCUGCCUCUUUACUUUGCUACUAGAUAUGAAAUCUUUAAAUACAACUUAUUUUUUGCUUGGAUUGGGAAAAAAAAUUAGGCCGUGGCUGAAGAAAACGGCAAAACCUGCGGCCUAUUAGCAAAAUUGCACCAUGGCAUUACAGAGUUUCUGGUUGAAGCUGCCGGUAUGCUGCAAGCCAUAACCAGAGAAUCCAAGGAUGUUUCCUCGCGGCUUAUGGGCUACAUUUCGAGCUGCAAGGCACUGCACGAAUGUAAAUCCCAGCAAUACACGGCGGAGUGCCUCAAGAAGGAGGGUAAAAUAGGCGUUGCAGUGAGAGUGGUUUCCCAAGCAUUAUCAGACAUGAAGAAAAGCAUGCCAAAGGAAGAGUCUUGGAAAUCAGUUUUCAGACAGGUUGUGGAUGAUCUGAGUGCUAUGGUAAGGAAGUACGAGCACGAGAAUGAUUUCGUGUGGCACGACAAAGUCCCGUGUGCUUAUGAACCUCCUUCUUCUCCUCAAGGUGUGAAGAUUGUAUAUCGCAUACCUUAUCAACCCCAGAAAUGGGAAAGGACACUAGUUUUUAAAUUGUAAAACAAGUGUCGUCUCAAAAGCUGUACAGUAUACUGUUAGUCUGUUAUCUCAUAUCCUAGUGUUUUGUAACAGAGACAGAUUCUUGAAUGAAAUAAGAUUUCAUGGUAGUUAAUAA